AAGAUAUUCAGUUUAUAGUUAUUUCCCUCCACUCCUCCUCCACGUGACGGAGAUUGUACCGUGCCAUAUCGCCACACUGCAUUUGGGCAGCCACAAAUCAGUGGAACAGCCUGCCUGAAGAUGAGAGGAGCUGCCAACCAACUUCAAAAUCACCUCCACUGUGGCGAGAUGUCAAACUCUAACAAAAGCAAGAAGGACAAAGAAAUCCUCGCAGAAUACGAGAGCCAAGUGAAAGAUGUUCGGGCCCAGUUGGUCGAGCAGCAGCGUUGUCUGGAGCAGCAGACGGAGAUGCGGGUCCAGCUCCUUCAGGACCUACAGGACUUCUUCAGGAAGAAGGCCGAGAUCGAGACGGAGUACUCGAGAAACCUGGAGAAGCUCGCGGAGAGAUUCAUGGCCAAGACGCGCAGCACGAAAGACCAUCAGCAAUACAAAAAGGACCAGAACCUGCUCUCUCCAGUCAACUGCUGGUAUUUGCUGCUAAACCAGGUGAGGAGGGAGAGUAAGGACCACGCCACUCUCAGCGAUCUCUACCUGAACAACGUCAUCAGCCGCCUCACCCACAUCAGUGAGGACUCGGCCCGCCUGCUGAAGAGGAGUAAGGAGAUCAUCUUUCAGCUUCAGGAAGAUCUGAUGAAGCUUCUCAAUGAGCUUUACACCGUGAUAAAGACGUACCACAUGUACCACGUGGAGACGGUGAACGCGGAAACCAAGCUGCGGGAGGCGGAGCGUCAGGAGGGGCGCGUGAAAGGCGUGACGGGGACGGGCGGAGGGGUGGAGCCUGUUUUCGGCCUGCGGAUAGAAGAGCGCCAUCAGAGACGCAACGCCGCCCGCAAGAUGGAGAAGAUGAGAGAGAAGAGGAAGGCAAAGUACUCAGAGAACAAACUGAAGACUCUUAAAGCCAGGAACGAGUAUCUACUGACUCUAGAGGCAACCAACGCCUCCGUGUUUAAAUACUACAUCCAUGACCUGCCGGAUAUCAUAGACUGCUGUGACCUAGGGUACCACUCCAGUCUGAGCCGGGCUCUGAGGACCUACCUAUCAGCCGAACUGAGCCUCGAAGCCUCCAGGAGGGCGGGUCUGGAGGUGCUGGAGGGGGCGGUGGAGGGUCUUGACCCCGCUCGAGACAGGCAGCGUCUACUGGGCCUUUACCCCACCGCCUUCUGCCCUCCGCAGCGCUUCGGCUUCCAGUCUCACAUGGGCGACACAGUGACCCAGAUCGCCUCCCAGCCGCAGGUCCAGGCUGAGCUCACCCUUCGCCUCACGCAGCUCCAGACCCGCCUGGCGUCUCUGAAGAUCGAGAACGAAGAGGUGAAGAAGACUUGGGGUGCGACUCUGACGACCCUGCAGGACAUGACGGUGCUUGACGACUACGACGUCUCCCAGAGUUUCACCCACAGCCCGUCGUCCGAGUCGGUCAAGUCCAGCGUGUCGGACGGCUACCUGAACAAACCCAGCCUGGCCAAGAAACGGGCCAACCAGCAGGAGACGGAGCUCUUCUACUUCACUAAAUUUCGCGAGUAUCUGGAGGGGAGUAAUCUCAUCUCCAAACUCCAGGCCAAACACGACAUACUGAAGAAAGCCUUAGCAGAAGGAUAUAAAGCUGAACUGCUGACUACCAGUCGUGGACGGAAGAACUCCCACAGCAAGCACCAGGAUUCAACCAAAGCCAUACCUUUGCUUGUGGAGAGCUGCAUCCGCUACAUCAACCUACAUGGUCUUCAGCAUCAAGGCAUAUUUCGGGUGUCGGGGUCUCAGGUGGAAGUCAACGACAUUAAGAACUCCUUCGAGAGAGGUAACGACCCGCUGAUCGACGAGGAGAGCAACCACGACAUCAACUCGGUGGCUGGCGUGUUGAAGCUCUACUUCAGGGGUUUGGAGAACCCGCUGUUCCCCAAAGACAGGUUUAAUGACCUCAUCUCCUGCGUCCGAAUAGAAAACCUGUACGAGAGAGCGCAGUGCGUACGUAAGAUCCUGCUUGGUGUCCCGAGGGCGACGCUGGUGGUGAUGCGUUACCUGUUUGCCUUCCUCAACCACCUUUCCCAGUACAGCGAUGAGAACAUGAUGGAUGCGGGGAACUUGGCCAUCGUUUUCGGCCCCACCCUCCUGCCAACGCCGGACACGCUGGACCAGGUGGCUUGUCAGGCGCACGUGAACGAGGUCGUCAAAACGGUCAUCCUUCACCAUGACAACAUCUUCCCGGACACCAAGGAGCUGCCUGGGCCGGUUUAUGAGAAGUGUAUGACAGGAGACCAGUACUGCGAGAGUCCGUUCAGUGAGCCGGGAGCGCUGGAGGAGGCCGAGCCCGACGCCGGCACCGAGACCCAGACCAGCGACGAGGAGGGCGAGGCUGUGGAGGCGGUGGCGAGGUUCGAUUACGUGGGCCGGUCGGGCCGAGAGCUCUCCUUCAAGAAGGGAGCGUCCCUGCAGCUCUUCCAGCGUGCGUCACAUGACUGGUGGGAGGGGCGCCACAACGGAAACCGCGGCCUGGUGCCUCAUCAGUACAUCGUGGUGAAGGACAGGGCUGACGUCAUGUCCGAUACACUCAGUCAGAAAGCGGACAGCGACGGAGGAAGCAGCAGCACCGAGGACAAGAGGUCCAGGAGUGAACUGAGCUCUCCCACCGACAUCAGACCACCAGAGACCUAUAACAGCCACCGGAGGAAGAGAACCGACGGUUUGUUCCGCCGCCCCCUCGGCCGCUCUAAUGACAGCCAUUGCCACGGUAACGGGGGCGUGAUGGAGCGAAGUUCGCCACCGGUGACGGGUCAUUUCAGUCCCAGGGAGCUGCUGCUGGGCCGGGGUCAGGGCUUGACCCCGCCGCUUGACAGCCCGGAGCGCCGCCGCCGCUCUGCCGCUGCGGUGACCAUGACGGUGAGCCGCCAUGAUUCGCUGCGGAGGCCAGAGGACACGCCCAUCCGACGCUCGAGCAGCGGGCAGCAUGGAUUCAGUGACUCCCAUCGAUCCAGAGCGCUGGACCCCGACACACUGGCACAGGACAUCGAGGAGACGGUGACGGUGGCUUUGGGCGAGUUCAGGCAGCUUGAGCGGCAGGGCUGCCGGCCGGCUCCUGACGUGGUCCUGGACACUCUGGACCAGGUGAAGAACGGCCCCAUCACCACCUGCUCCUCUGAGUCUCCCAGUCCCCACAGCACCCCCAGCACCCCGGGAACACCAGGAACCCCCGGCACCCCUGGGACCCCCGGCACCCCGAGCCCCCUCAGUCCCUUGAGCCCCAUCAGCCCGCUCCCCGGACCCCCACCAGGACCUCCCAGACCGGCCAACCCUUCCCCAGACACCCUGGGCUCCUUCAAGCCGGUGGCAGCCGCCCGUAUAGGGGCUCCGCUGCGGCCCCCUGCCCUUAGGCCCAAACCUAUAGUUCCACCCAAGAGCAGCACCCCGCCUCUGCCCCCGCCGCUAGACAAAUCCUGCACCAUGUGAGCCAAACCAGGCCAAUAAAGGGCCGAAUCAGGCCUACCCAGGCCAAAAAUGGGCCAGAAGAGGAGAUCAGGGUACUGCUUAAUGUUUAUAAUCAACAUGAGGGUAGACAUGGUAGGAAAGACAAAAAGGGUUUUAAUGUAGUAAUAAAAUAUAAUAUAUGACAUGACCUAUG